AUGAAUCCUACGCCUGAGCCCAAAGGAAAGGAACCCAUACGUGGCGGCUCGCGCAAUUAUCCUACGGCAGGCCCUUCUACUAGCCCUUCGAAUCCCAUGCCUACGGCUCAAGGAUCUACUUCGACGAGUACACAGCCGGGGAGUUCUCAACGACCGCCGCCUGAAGGUCAUCCUACGUCAUCAGGUCUCCCGACCGCCGACUCUUCUCGUGAGAAACCGAUGAAUCCUACGCCUGAGCCCAAAGGAAAGGAGCCCAUACGUGGCGGCUCGCGCAAUCAUCCGACGGCAGGUCCUUCUACUAGCCCUUCGAAUCCCAUGCCUACGGCUCAAGAAUCUACUUCGACGAGUACGCAGCCGGGGAGUCCUCAGCGACCCUCGCCUGAAGGUCAUCCUCCACGUCAAGCGACAACCAAUGCGAGCACAUCCCCCGAAGACCCGGGUCCACCGGACGACAUUGCCGUUACCCUGGCCAGAUUAGUCGCCACCCUGAGGAACCAACAAGAUACGCUGAAGAACAUCCAAACCCAAGGAAACACUCUACGGUCCGAGUUCCAGGGAUUCCAGCAGACACAUACACGGGAGCCCAACGCUGAAGCAUCAGGCUCUGCUGCCCGCAAGCGCAAGAAACCAGCACGGAACGGGAAAGACGGGAACGCUGUGUCAAUUCCUGCUUCCAAGGUGGAUCCUGCAAUUGCAGAGCAUCCCCUCUACGAUCAGUUUCUGAAAUCUAUACGCGUUCAUUUCAGAGAACUCAUGGGAGUGGACGACAUCCGGAGCCUGCAACUUGACUCGCCACCUUGCCGCCCCUUAACACCCGAAGAACUGGACGACUUCAACAGUCGGUCACCGACCCGUAUACAGAUCUCCGAGGAGGCGUACCGUUUCGACUUCAAGCUCAAACGCUCUCAUCCUUUCAAUCUGCACGCGUUCUCCGUCUUUACGCAAUCGUUCUUGAGGCGCGUCGAAGCUGGGGAGUAUAGUCAUCCAUCCCCACUGCCAGAUGAAUUCUUGCAACGCCGACAUGUACUGACUGCUGUAUACAAUCACGCGAAAUGGGUGAAGUCUUUAUUCUACCGGAAAUUCGUACACAAGGAGACGGAGGAGGAGACGGAUGAUCGUUUGGCCGCGGGUGCCCGCAGUUCACGGAAGUACAGGUUAUACGAGAAGCGGCUCGAUGCCGUGGAGAAAAUCGCUCCCGAACACAGGCAGCUGAUGGAGAGUGCCGGCGUACAAGGAGUUAGCUCAGAUGAGUCUUCUGACGAACUCGCGACGGAUGUGCUUGGUCAGGCCAUGGACAAGACGAUCCGUAUAUCUCCUGCCUGGCGAAGUGCCGCUUUUCAAAAUUGGCAACGCUCGAUCGACCCUGUUGUUCGAGACUUGAGCAGACCUCGAGUUGGUCACCGACAGAAACCGGGUGCGAAUCCGCGUUUUCGUGAAGUUUCUACGCGAGUCAACCAGGCUUCUGUGGCGCCGUCUGGGCUGCCUCGCAAUUGCUACGACGAGGCAUGGCUCCAGACGCUUCACGCUCAUGAAAUGGAGGAGCUCCGCAUGGAGGAGAAGGACUACGAGCUUGAGCCCAUUCAGUACGUGCAGACGCAGCCUUGGUAUCGCCGAGCGCGGCGGGUACCCCUAUCCAACCGGCGGCGUGGAGCCUUCGCUGAGAUAGACGUGGGACUUACGACAUCGCACGGCGGAGAGGGAACUUAG